AUGGCGGCGACGGUAACCGGCGCGCGGGAGCGCGGGGAGUCCGGACAGUCGGGCGAGGCUUGCCGUCGGGCCCUGUACUUCUGCGGGAGCAUCCGCGGCGGACGCGAGGACCGGGCGCUGUACGAGCGGAUCGUGUCGCGGCUGCGGCGCUUCGGGACAGUGCUCACCGAGCAUGUGGCGAGUGCGGAGCUGGGCGCGCAAGGGGAAGAGGCUGCUGGGGGUGACAGGCUCAUCCAUGAGCGGGACCUGGCCUGGCUGCAGCGGGCAGACCUGGUUGUGGCGGAAGUGACCCAGCCAUCCCUGGGUGUCGGCUAUGAGCUGGGCCGGGCAGUGGCCCUCAAUAAGCGCGUCCUGUGCCUGUUCCGCCCACAGUCUGGCCGAGUGCUUUCAGCCAUGAUCCGGGGGGCAGCAGAUGGCUCCCGGUUCCAGGUGUGGGACUACGAAGAGGGAGAGGUGGAAGCCUUGCUGGAUCGGUACUUUGAGGCUCUUCCUCCAGAGUAGGCGGCUUCCUCCCUCACCCCAACCAUUUGCCUUAACCCCACUUUACCAAAUUCUUCUGAUCUCAGACGGCUAUAAUAACCAUUCCUAUCUUUUAGCCCAGUACCAAAUUAAAAGGUACGUUUACCAUUCUAACUUUAUGUCUGUAUGUGUAGUGGGACAGGGCAGGUCCUCAGUAAUAUUCUCUCUCACCCCACUUCACUUCAAGAUGAAGAGAAACCCUUUAAAAGUCUGUAGGCCCCAAGAGGAGGAUGCUUCCUAAUGCCCUCGGGCCCUUGUGUCUAACGUCCAAGAGUUUAGAGGAAGGCCAACCAUUAGAGGAAGGACAGGGGGUGGCUCUCCCGUCGCCUCGGACACUGGGCUGGGUCUGGGGCAAGCGGGCAAGCCUGUUCCACACAGACCUGCAAUGGCCUUUAUCAGCUUAGGUUAAACGGGUGAGCUUUAGGCUUUCUUUGAUGACAGAAGAGU